UCGGAAACUCCAGCAGCUCCGCUCCGUAUAUUUCCACUGACCCUCCGUUUCGAGGAUUCAUUCAUCCCAGGCAGAGCUGCUGCUUGGUCUGUCCGGACAGGAAUCCGUCCACUCAUUCACGCGUCUGUCCAUCUAGCUGCACACAUCCCCUCCGUCCAUCCAGCGGUGCGUGGCGUCCGCAUCUACAUCUAGGAAGGUUACACACAUCGUUAUUGAUCAGCGGACCUAUCAACUUUUUUUUGUUUUAAAUUCAUCUCCUCGUGAUCAGCGCCUCAUCAUCGGGAGAUUAUUACUGCAUUCAGCGGUCUCUGACGCUGCUGGAUGGAUGGCUGACCUCGGUGUUCACUGAUUGGCUCGCUGAGCUUCUCUGGUUGCACCUGCUGUCAUGGCCAAAAGCCCGGAGGUGAAGCUGGCCGUGUUCGGCAGAGCGGGGGUGGGCAAGUCAGCUUUGGUGGUGAGACUUCUGACCAGACGCUUCAUCUGGGAGUACGACCCAACGCUUGAAUCCACGUAUCGGCACCAAGCCAACAUUGAUGAUGAGGUUGUUACCAUGGAGAUUCUGGACACUGCAGGGCAGGAGGACAUCCAGCAGAAGGAGGGUCAUAUGCGUUGGGGUGAUGGAUUCGUCAUCGUGUAUGACAUCACAGACCGGGGAAGCUUUGAGGAGGUGGCGCCGCUCCGGAGUCUCCUAGAGGAGGUGAAGAAGCCAAAGAAUGUCCCUCUGGUCCUGGUGGGCAACAAGUCGGACCUGGACCAUGUCAGGCAAGUUGGCACAGAGGAAGGCGAGCGGCUGGCGGCUGAAAUGGCAUGCGCAUUUUAUGAAUGUUCAGCAUGUGCUGAUGAAGGUGGCGCAGUGGCCGAGGCUUUCCACGAGCUCUGCCGUGAGGUGAGGCGUCGCAAGGCCGUGCAGGGCAAGGCCAGACGCCGCAGCUCCACCACACACGUCAAACAGGCCAUCAACAAGAUGCUGACCAAGAUCAGCAGCUAGGGAUGAGCCACAAUAAAGUCUGACGAUACAAGAACAAAAAAAAGUAAAUCUUUGUUAUGUAAAUGUUUCAAACAACUAUUGGCUCCGAAAUGGACAAAUUGUGACGGAUUUGAUGUGGAAUGUGUUCUUUCCUUAUUCUCUGAUCAUUUUCCAUCAAAACAUCCCAAGCGCAAUGUCUCCUCAUUCUGGAAAAGGAAACCGAUGUUGUCGCUGGAGCCUCAACAGAUUCUUUCUCGUCCAAACAUUUGAGCUCAUUUGGAUCAAAAUAAUCCUGGAUACUGGUGAUAUACGAGUUGUUUUUAUGAUGAAUCAUUAAUAGGAUGAGGUUCUCACUUUCUUUUAUUUUAUUUUCUCAUCCAACUCUCUUUAAAUCAAUAAAUAAGCCAGAAGGGAGACUGAAAAAUUAUGCAUGCAAACUGUCUCAUUUAGCAUGCAGAGAAUUCAAGUAUUUUCUUAUGAGAAGAUUUGUAGUUUCCUCUCUGUAUCUUUGUGUGUAGAGGAAUACUGUGAUGUGCUUCAGGCCACAUGUUUAACUGUUCUGUAUGCAAAGAAAUAUAUAAUCCGAGAACUACUAUUAGAUAAAAGUAGAUUCACCGUCCUUCACCCGUGUCAGUCCUAGAAAACUCCUCAGAGUUGUCGGUGCCUGUCCUUCAAACAAACCUUGUAACGAACUGAUCUGCAGUGGACUGUUUGUCAAAGACACGUGAACUCCAGAUCUUUUUCUCAAGGAACCAAAGGACUGGUUCAGAACAUGUGGAGGCCUAUAGACCUAUGAAGAGAAGCAGUUGCCACCCAUCCCAGCAUGCCACAUUCCAGGGAUACUCUUCAUGGCUGUAAUGUUAAUACUGUAAUCUACAGUAUGUAUAAUAUAGUAUAUUGCCUUAAGCACGGCUGUGUCUGGAGGCGUGUACAGAACCCAAAGGCAUCUACAGUAGGUGAUACUGUAAUUGUUGAAAUGUAAUAUCUGUUUCUUUCUCAUGUAUGUGACUCGUCCAUGAUCAAAACUACCAGCUGUGCACUUGUAAUUAAAAA